GGCAAUGCGCACUGCGUCAUCAAUAACAAACCGGAGACACAGCUGGAAAAACGACAAACGAGCAAGGCGCUUGGGACAUGUAGUUCAUUUUUGCAAACAGCAGCUUGACGUUCCCAAAAAAAAAAGAACAAAAAAAAAAAAAUCACAGUUUAAUAUUCUAAAUCGUGAACACUGUGAGGCAGGAAGGCUGUUUAAGAAGGCAAGCAACAUGAAGAUUCACAUAUGGCUCCAGAAUACAUCUUAUUUUGCUCAGCAAACCAUGCAGGAUGAUUUACUGAUGGAUAAAAACAAAGCCCAGCCCCAGUCUCAGCAGCAGCAGCAGCAGCAGCAAGAACCAACAAACGUAGAGCCAACGUCCACCCCGACCUCCUCAUUGGAGCCCCCCAAUUGCGAGGAGAGCCCCGCAAGUCUAAUUAACCAAACAACCCCCGCACAAAACUACAAAGAGAAAGUGACGAUGGAGUCGCCGCUCCUGCCCGGCUUGAGUUUUCACCAGCCCCAGGAGUCGGGUGGCACAUCCUUGUCUCCUUCCAUCGGCAGCACUUGGUCCACGGGGACCAACAACACCGUGGACGAUAGCUUUUUCCAAGGGAUCCCCCCGGUUAAUGAGACUAUGCUUUUCCAGAAUUUCCCUCACCAAAUGAAUCCCGUAUUUGGGGGCACAUUCUCACCCCAAAUUAGCAUGGCACAAACACAGCAGCAGCAGCAGCAACAACAACAAGCCCAGCAGCAGCAGAGAAGGUCGCCUGUAAGCCCAAACCAAGCCCCGUUCCCCCCAAGAAAUGCAUAUAGCCACCAAACCAUCAUCAAUAGCAAGGUUUCCUCCUCUUCCCCUUCAUCAUCGUCUUGGAAUAAUCACCAAAACGCUGCUUGGAGCUCAGCCUCCAACCCCUGGAGCGGGCUCCAGGCUAGCAGGGACCCCCGGAGGGCAAUGGGAGUCGGGGUCGGGGUGCCUUCGCCCCUCAACCCCAUCUCUCCAUUAAAAAAGCCGUAUUCGGGCAACGUUAUCGCCCCUCCGAAAUUCCCUAGGGCUGCCCCAUUUGCCCCCAAAUCCUGGAUAGAAGACAACGCCUUCAGGACAGACAACAGCAACAGCAUGCUACCUUUUCAGGACCGGAAUCGGCCCUAUGAUGGUUUUAACUUGCACUCUUUGGAGAAUUCCUUAAUGGAUAUUAUAAGGACUGAUCACGACAAAGGUAAACACUACCCUCCCAGUGGCGCACCAAUGACUAUCGCUGAUAUAAUGUGGAGGAAUCAUUUUGCAGGUCGCAUGGGUCUAAAUUUCCAUCAUCCAGGAACUGAUAACAUCAUGGCACUAAAUACCAGGAGCUAUGGACGAAGAAGAGGUCGGUCAUCGCUCUUUCCCUUCGAAGAUGGUUUCCUUGACGACGGUCAUGGUGACCAGUCUUUAACAUCAGGCCUGGGCUCUCCGACUCGCUGUCAGAACGGCGAGAGGGUGGAACGUUAUUCAAGGAAAGUCUUUGUUGGAGGGCUGCCUCCUGACAUCGAUGAAGACGAAAUCACUACCAGCUUUCGUCGCUAUGGACAUCUUGUGGUGGACUGGCCACACAAAGCUGAAAGCAAAUCUUACUUUCCACCCAAAGGCUAUGCCUUUCUGCUUUUCCAGGAGGAAAGUUCAGUUCAAGCUCUGAUUGACGCCUGUAUUGAGGAAGAUGGAAAGCUCUAUCUGUGUGUCUCCAGUCCCACCAUCAAGGACAAACCAGUGCAAAUCCGACCUUGGAACCUGAGUGACAGUGACUUUGUAAUGGAUGGUUCUCAGCCCCUGGAUCCCCGGAAGACCAUCUUUGUAGGUGGAGUUCCCCGACCUCUCAGAGCUGUUGAACUAGCGAUGAUCAUGGACCGGUUGUACGGAGGGGUCUGUUAUGCUGGCAUUGACACCGAUCCUGAGCUGAAGUACCCUAAGGGAGCCGGAAGAGUGGCUUUCUCCAAUCAACAAAGCUACAUUGCUGCUAUCAGUGCUCGCUUUGUCCAGCUCCAGCACAAUGACAUUGACAAACGGGUUGAAGUAAAGCCAUACGUCCUGGAUGACCAGAUGUGUGAUGAAUGCCAGGGUGCUCGCUGUGGUGGGAAGUUUGCCCCCUUCUUUUGUGCCAACGUGACGUGUCUGCAGUAUUACUGCGAGUACUGCUGGGCAAGCAUCCACUCGCGCGCCGGUCGGGAGUUCCACAAGCCCCUGGUCAAGGAGGGGGGCGACCGACCUCGCCACGUCUCCUUCCGAUGGAGCUGAAGCCGCAGCAACCAGCCCUGGCCCUCCACCAAGAGCAAGAGAGAGAAAGAGGGCCAGCUGUCUCAGGGCUGGGAGCAUUCUGGAAAUUGGUGCAUACUUCCUCAGAUUCGAGAGAAGGGAAAAAAAAAAGGGUCUUUUUUUUAAUUUACUGUUUUGAACUCGCUGUCCAGUAUAUUAUAUAAAAACCUUCAAAGUUUAACUGUAAAGAAUUUGCACUUUGGCACACGUAAACACACAAGAAAGAUAUCUGCU